AUGUCUUUGGCACAUAAUCUACUGGACGGUUCUAUUCCCGAGUCCGUAGGGAAGAUGGUCAGUUUGGAAAGUAUAGAUUUGUCUUACAAUAACCCAUCUGGCUCAAUCCCAAAGUCUUUUGAAGCACUUCAACAACUCGACUACUUUAAUGUCUCUUUCAAUGCUCUGAGAGGAGAAAUUCCCACUGGUGGUCCUUUCGUAAACUUCACUCUCGAGUCUUUUAAGGGUAAUGAGGCAUUAUGUGGAAUUCCAAGGUUCCACGUACCACUUUGCAACCAUAAUGUCUCCAAACACAGCCCGAGGAUGAAAAAUGUGCGCUUAGCUUUAUUUAUUGCUAUUGGGGUUGUUGCGUUUAUCUCGAUUCUCUCUUUUGUCUUCAUUUUUGUAAGAUACAGAAGAAAAAAUAAAGCAGUCAAUGGAAUUGACGAGCUGGUUCCCACUAUACCUCCAGAAAUAAUUUCGUAUUACGAACUCCUACAAGCAACUGAACAGUUUAGUGAGACGAACUUACUCGGCGUGGGAAGUUUUGGUUCUGUGUACAAAGCCGUUCUAAGAGAUAGGAAGACUUUGGCAAUAAAAGUCUUCAAUUCGCUAACAGAAGCUGCUUCUAAGAGCUUUGAAGUUGAAUGUGAGGUACUACGAAACAUUCGCCACAAAAAUCUCACCAAAGUAGUGAGCAGUUGCUCUAACGGGGAUUUCAAGGCACUGGUACUGGAAUACAUGCCGAAUGGAAACCUCGACAAAUGGUUAUAUUCACACAACUAUUGCUUGGAUCUCAAGCAAAGAUUGAAUAUAGUGAUUGAUGUUGCAUGUGCGUUGGAAUAUCUUUACCAUGGCUAUUCGACUCUCAUUGUUCAUUGCGAUUUGAAGCCAAGUAAUGUGUUGUUAGAUGAAGAAAUGGUUGCCCAUGUGAGUGAUUUCGGGAUAGCAAAAUUGAUGGGCGAAGGUGAGAGCACUAUUCACACCAAUACCCUAGCAACAAUGGGUUACAUCGCACCAGAGUAUGGUUUGGAAGGGCUAGUUUCGACAAGGUGUGAUGUUUAUAGCUAUGGAGUGAUGGUGAUGGAAACUUUCACGAGAAAAAGGCCAAGCGAUGAUAUGUUCGGUGGAGAUUUAACCCUAAAGAAUUGGGUUCAAAUGUCACUUAAUAAUGAGUCAUCAAGUGAGGUAAUAGAUGCCAACUUAUUUAAUACGGAAAACGAACAAGGCUUUGAGAAAAUCGUGCAAUGUGUGUCAUCAAUACUGGAGUUGGCUUUCAAGUGUUGUGUGGAAUCUUCUUGUGAUAGAAUAAACAUGAAAGAAGCUCUAACAGAGCUGCAGAAGAUCAAACUUGGUACAGCUUCGACGAUAAACUGUGCAAAUUCAGACAAAUUUCUCCAUUACUUCAGGAUUUUUCAAACUCUAUUCGGAACUCCGGCGUAUGUGGCACCGGAGGUUUUGGCUAGGAAAGGAUACGAUGCCGCAAGGUUGAUAUUUGGAGAUGUGGUGUGA